AGACAAGCCACCCUGCCACCCUGCCAUGCUGACAUGCUUCCCGCAAGCCCUGCAUAGGCCAAUCCAAGAAGACAAUUCAUCGUCGACACUGAUAGGCGGCGAGAGGGACGUACCCUGGCUCUAGAUUGCGGACUGCCAGACCGACUGCCACGCGUGCAUGCAGAGGGGGGGAAGGGGUCGAGCUCGAGCUCGAGCUCUACCCUAGAGUCAGAGUCAAAGCUUCACCUGCACCUGCUCCUGCUCCUAGUCCACUCCUGCUUCAUCGGAUCUUGUCUCGCACGUUGUGUUCCCACAAUUCCUCCAUGGACCGCCCGAUCUGAUUCUUCCCGGCGGUACCGUCAAUCUCCCGCCCUGAUGUCCUGAUGUCCUGGUGCGAGAGUGCAUGACACGGACGAUCCGGACAGGACAGAGACACAUUAACAAUAGCCUUGGCCCAGACAAUGAACAAGCCUCUCCCUUUUCUCAAGGACGGACACCCAACCAACAUCCCAGCCGACAAGCAAAAGGACAGACAACAACGGGCCACAAGGCAAUUCAUUGAUUCUUAUUAAUAGCAUAGGGCCCUGUGAAAGAGACUCGGACGGCUCGAGGCCAAUUCCAUCCGUCGGAAAGGGGCUUUGACGAACCCACUCCAUAUAUACUCGCUACCUCGUUUAAUUUUUGAUGAAGCCGUCCACCCACCCUGCCAAAUAAUACUCCCUCGCUUCACAUUCUACGCACCGCGAGCUCACCCUUGACCUGCCACUCCCUCCCUCCCCCCCCCCAUUUCCUUCUUCUUCCUUCCCAAGGGCGUACCCUAUAGCCUCCAUCUCGGGACACUCGUGCGCUCUCUUCCGGCCGUGACCUCAUCCUCACCGACUGAUCGUGCCUGCCCACCUGGCAACCAACCCACCCCUUAAACAUCUCAGCUGCACGAAACCGAACAAAAGACUAGCACACGAUACAAACGUUCCCACCCUGGUGCAGGGACCACUGCAAACAUGCCGCACAGUUCUGCCGCGCAGGCCGCGCUGGUAAAAUGGGUCAACCUCUUCGCAGGCGAGCGCCGGCCCGCCAAGUCCGUCGACGACCUCGCCGACGGCUUCAUGCUGGGCCAGGUGCUCCACGACCUCGACCCCACAUACGACACGUCUGAACUCGUCGACACUUCGGCGGCCAGCUCCAAGUGGCUUACUCAGAAGCGGAACCUCCAGUCUAUCUACAAGGGCCUCUUCAAGUACAUGCGCCGCGAAGCCCCCGAGUGUCUGCCUCUGGCCCAGGUGGCCGAUUUCCGCGCCGUCGCAGAGCAUCCGGACGCCGAGGGUCUCACUCAGCUCACUGCUGUCCUCCUCGCUACCGCUGCCCUUGGCGCGUUGGACAAGGAAGUACGCGCGAAGUACAUCACCAGGGUGCAGACCGAGUUGGAGCCUGUAGUCCAGAACGCAAUACGGCAGGUGCUGGAGGAGAAGCAGACGCAAAUGAGAGAAUUAGCUGCCAAGGCCAAGGAGGAGGAGGCCCUAGACGACCGGGACCCUGACCUAGUACACGAGGAGGAGCGUGCCAGACUUGAAGCCUCUCUGGACCAGAAGGUACACGAGCUGGACAUGGCGACGAAACGAUAUGCCGACCUCAACUCCCGCCACAGUUACCUACAGGAAAACCACGACGAGGUCAAGGCCAAGCUCGCCGAGGUCGAGAACGAGCUGACCGAGCUCCGCAAGCUCCACGGCGCUGACGAGUCGCAGAGGGUCCAGGCGCUCCAGAGCAAGAUUGACGAGCAGGGUCGUCUCAUUGAGCAGCUGGAGGAGGACGUCGAAAACUACAAGCAGGCGCAGCAGCAGCUGGAGAUCAACCUUGAAAAAUACAAGGCUAGCAGCGAGGAGGGCCAGGAGUACAAGGACAAAUAUGACGAGUUGCAACAUCACACGCAGGAGCUGGAGAGGAAGGCCAACGCCGCUGACCGUUACAAGCAAAAGCUUGCCAACAACCGGAACCUCGAACAAGAGAUCACCAACCUCCAAUUCGAGCUGGACGCGCGGAAGGACCAAGAACAAAAGCUUCAGAAGGUCCUGCUUGAGUGCGAGAAGUUGAGAAAUAGCGAGAAGGAAAUGUUGACUGCCCUCGCUAGGUCCGAGCAGGCCGUUGACGUCGAGAAAGACCGAACAAAACAUCUCCAGCUGUCAGCCGAGGACGCCGCAGCCGAGGUGCAACGGCUCAGACUCCAGAACGCCAUGAGCGAGAGGCAUAUCGAGGACCUGAAGGAGCAACUGACCGGCAUGGGCGAGGCACCCAGGGCACCCUCGCCUUCGUCGCAGACCGGGGAGGUCGGCAAUCUUGAGCAUGAGCUUCAGCAGACAACGAACGACUUCUCAAAGGUCAAGUUGCUCGAAGCCGAGGUUGAAGUCCUCCGGCAUGGCGCGGCCACUUCCUCACAGGCCGACGACCUCCGACGGGAGUUGGACCGUGCCAGGAAGGAGCGUGAUAUCGCGAUGUCGCAAUACAACUCGAUCUUCGAGAAGCACGGCGUUGCCCAGGAGCAGAUCGACGCGCUCAUUGCAAACAUGAGCGGCGAAGGGCACGUUGCGUACAACAGCAUGCGAGAGCAGCUGGCCCAGGCCACCCGAGAAAUUGACGAGCUAAAGCAUCGAACCCGCAAGCUUGAAGAGCAAGCCAAAGACAAGGACCGCGAGAAUCUCUCUAUGAAGACCGACCUUGAUGCGGUCGGAUCCGACCGUCUCGACGCCCUCGAGAGGCUCAAGCAGUCUGACCAGUUAAUUGCAGCAUCUCUCAGAUCCGAGCUCGAGUCCUUGCGCGAGAGAUACAACGGCCUCGAGAUCGAGAACAGCAUGCACAAGUCGCAGCUCCUCGACGCCCUCGUUGCCAAGGAGAAACUCUCCAAGGAGAAGGAGCUGGAAGGCCCGCCCGCUCACUUGGCGCCUGAGGGCGUCAGCCAGGCGGAGUUGGACGACAGGGUGAAGGACUACAAGUCCAAGACCGACAAGCUCAGAGACCGUGUCAAGCUCCAGAAAGAGCAACUCGAGAAAGCGGACCAGGAGCGGCUUGAGCUUCAAAAACAGCUCAGGGCGCUGGAGUCGGGCUCGGCGUUGGCGGCGCAGAAGGCCGCCCACGAACAGAUCAUCAAGAAUCUCCAGCGGGAGAACGCCAUGAUUUCCACAGCGUGGUACGACCUCACGAGCCGGUUACAGAGCAACCACGUCGUCCUGCAGAGGAAGGAUCAACCCAAGAGCUGGCUGAACAAGCAGAGGCAGAUGGUGAAUGCCACGCCCCGAAGGUAGCAGCUUCCAGGCCUGUAGGCAAACCUGGCAAGGGGUCUCCGGGCGCGCCUUUCAGCCUCACGCGUGGGCGACGGCUGGGCCUUGCUCGCGGCGUUGGUGUGGAGUGUUCUAGGUGACCACCGUGAGGCAUGCAUGUACAUGAAGUCAAGCGUGCAAAAGCCACCGCCGCCGGCUCUCCAACCGGGGCCCUGCCCGAGCGGCACGCCGUCCCUCUUCUCUUCUCUUACUCCAUUUUCCCUACGGAUUUUUUCCUUGCGUAUUACAGUCACGACAUGGACGGCUCAAGAUCAUCAUCAUACAACAACUACUGCUGGCAGUCGGAGCGCUAGAGGUGGCAGAGGCGGUAGAGGCGGCGAGAGCGGCGGCAGCGUCGGCCUCGGCAUAUUCGGCAGAGUUUUUCUUUUGUUAUACUCCAUAGCGUGGCGCUCUCUGGAUAACAGCUGGGUGGCGAGGACGGUGGGGGAGAGCAUACUCGGGAGUAUAUUGACAGAUCCGAGUAGUAGAGGUAGAAGGGGAGCCGCCCAGAAGAGGUGUGGGCAGCAACACGGCAGCGCCUUCAAAACGCGUUGCAGGUGUGUUGCUGAAGAGCGGUGAGACAAGAGAUAGAGAUUCUUAACUUGCAUGCUUGAACAAAAGGUUGGCAUAUAUGUUUCGCUUUA